AAUAGUGUGGUCGACAACACGUUGUUUUGGUUUCAUUUAAAGUUUAAAUCGAAAUCAAGUGUUAAUCGAAAUGACGAAAGGAUUUCACAAGAAGUCAAGUAAACGCGUUUCAGCCAAACGGCGGUAUAAUAUCGAGAAGAAAGUGAGACAACACAACAAGAAACUCAAGAGAGAGCUCAAGAAGAAGUCCAACACUCAUAAAGCGAAAGAUCCCGGAAUUCCCAACUCUUUGCCAUUCAAAGAGCAGAUCAUUAAAGAAGCGCAAGAAGACAAACGACGAGAUGAAGAGCGCAAACAAUUGGUCAGAGAUUUACAAAAAGACAAACGCAAACAACAACGAGACCAACAGUUGCUGAAGAAGAGAGGUCUCCAAGAGUUGACCUCUGAUGCAGAGCUUAGAGGCGAGCAGUUUGAGGCCAAAGAGCGCGCUGUCGACCAAUUAGUGGCCAACAGUUCCGAAAAGAGUUCGAAUUUGAAGUCUCAUUACAAAGAGUUCCAUAAAGUGAUCGAAGCGUCAGACGUUGUGAUCCAAGUGUUGGACUCUCGCGACCCGAUUGGCAGUCGUUGUCCUCAAGUGGAAGAAGAGGUGAUCAAAAGCGGUGCAAACAAACGGCUCAUUCUUUUGUUGAAUAAAGUGGAUUUGAUUCCAAGAGAAAACCUUAAGAAAUGGCUGCGAUAUCUUCGCAACGAAUGGCCGACCGUUGCGUUCAAGGCGUGCACUCAGAAGCAAAAGUCCAAUUUGAGCCGAAGUAAAGUGAAUGUCUUGCUCUCAAACGACGAGUUGUUGUCUUCGAAUGAAGAGCGCAAACAAUUGGUCAGAGAUUUACAAAAAGACAAACGCAAACAACAACGAGACCAACAGUUGCUGAAGAAGAGAGGUCUCCAAGAGUUGACCUCUGAUGCAGAGCUUAGAGGCGAACAGUUUGAGACCAAAGAGCGCGCUGUCGACCAAUUAGUGGCCAACAGUUCCGAAAAGAGUUCGAAUUUGAGGUCUCAUUACAAAGAGUUCCGUAAAGUGAUCGAAGCGUCAGAUGUUGUGAUCCAAGUGUUGGACUCUCGCGACCCGAUUGGCAGUCGUUGUCCUCAAGUGGAGGAAGAGGUGAUCAAAAGCGGUGCAAACAAACGGCUCAUUCUUCUGUUGAAUAAAGUGGAUUUGAUUCCAAGAGAGAACCUUAAGAAAUGGUUGCGAUAUCUUCGCAACGAAUGGCCGACCGUUGCGUUCAAGGCGUGCACUCAGAAGCAAAAGUCCAAUUUGAGCCGAAGUAAAGUGAAUGUCUUGCUCUCAAACGACGAGUUGUUGUCUUCGAGUGUGUGUUUGGGAGCAGAUAUUCUCAUGAAGUUAUUGAGUAAUUAUUGUCGCAAUAAAGACAUUAAGACUUCAAUCACUGUCGGAAUCGUUGGCUUUCCAAAUGUGGGCAAAUCGAGUGUCAUUAACAGUUUGAAACGAUGUCACGCCUGCAGUGUUGGACCGAUUCCAGGACUCACCAAAUCAAUGCAAUUGGUUUCCCUCGACAAACGCAUCAAACUGUUGGACAGUCCGGGAAUCAUAUUCGCCCAAAACACUCACUCCGAGUCCAACACUGCAUCGCUUAUGGCUCUGAGAAAUGCCGUCAAAAUAGACUCGUUGUCGGACCCGACGGCUGCGGUCGACGCGCUUCUAAAUCGCGUCAAUCGCCAGGACUUGACUCUAUUCUAUCGAAUGCCGGCUUUCAGAGACGUGACCGAAUUUUUGGCGCUUUUGGCCAAACGUUUUGGGAAACUGAAGAAAGGAGGCAUUCUUGACGUCGAGAACGCCGCUAAGAAAGUGCUCAACGACUGGAAUGUCGGCAAAAUCAAGUAUUUUACAGUUCCUCCCGAAACACAAACACUUCCUUUCCAUAUCAGCGCUCAAAUUGUUCAACAAAUGAGUCAAGAAUUUGAUUUGAAUGAACGUAUAUUCGAUGAAGAGAUGAACGAAAUCAAUAAAACGAUUCCCAAAAACUUGGAAGAAAACGAAGCGCUGGUUAUGAACUCUUUUGGCUUCACUUGCGCUCAAAUGAACGCAAAUGAUGGCAGCAAUGAAGACGCGGAAGAAAUGGAAGAAUCUGGCAAUGAUUGUGAUUCUGUCACUUUGGGUCAGACAAGCAUUUUGCUCAGCGCUCCCAAAGGCGACAAAGUGUGCGAAGACUCGGAAAUGAAAGAAUUGGAUGUUUUGAAAGGAAUGCAAUUAAAUAAAGCCAAAAAAGUUAUGUUUAAGAAAAUG